GGCUUAUAAGACUCGAGCCCUUGGCGUCCGAAUCCCCAGCUCCAGCCACCCCGUACCGUACACACCCAAAAUGUCGCCUGCCCGUUCUGCCUUCUCCAAGUGGGUGCCAGUUGAGACCUACCCCAUCUUCGCUGUCGUUGGCGGUGCCGUUGCCGGUGCGGGCUUCUACCUCUACCGCCUGUCGCAGGGCACCGAGGUCGUCUGGAACCGCCACGGCGACUGGCGCCCGUGGGACAAGAUCAAGCAGGACCAGAACAUCAAGUUCAUGACCGUUCACCCCAAGUGGUGGGAGGAGCGCAAGGCCCAGGUUGCCGCCUCCACUGCCCAGGAGUAGACUUGUGUUGUUUAGAUGUACUGCUUAGACCUUAGA